GUUUGUACUCGUCUCUUUAUCAGCGUGUUUUGUGAAAAAUGGCAGUAGCCAGUAUUUCUGUGGCUCAGGAUCAUUUCACCUGUUCAAUCUGUCUGGAUCUACUGAAGAAUCCAGUGACUAUUCCCUGUGGACACAGUUACUGUAUGGACUGUAUUACAAACUGCUGGAAUCAGGAAGAUCAGAAGAGAAUCUACAGCUGUCCUCAAUGCAGACAAACCUUCACAACAAGACCUGUUUUAAAUAAGAAUGUAGUGUUUGCUGAAAUGGUGGAGAAACUGAAGAACACAAGACUUCAAUCUUCUCAUGUUUCUGCUCAUCGUUACUCUGAAUCUGGAGAUGUGGAGUGUGACGUCUGUACUGAGAGAAAACUGAAAGCAGUCAAGUCCUGUCUAGUGUGUCUGAACUCUUGCGGUCAAAAUCAGACACUUUUGUUUGAGACACAAAGAAAGUUUCGAGAGAGAAUUCAGGAGAGAGAGAAGGAUCUUCAGGAGUUGAGACAGGCUGUGGACUCUCAUAAGCGCUCUGCACAGACAGCAGUGGAGGACAGUGAGAGGAUCUUUACUCAACUCAUCCGCUCCAUAGAGAGAAGACGCUCUGAGGUGACACAACUGAUCAGAGAUCAGGAAAAGACUGUAGUGAGUCGAGCUGAAGGAGUCUUGAAGCGUCUGGAGCAGGAGAUUGAUGAUCUGAGGAGGAGAGACACUGAACUGAAGCAGUUUUUACACACAGAUGAUCACAUUCAUUUCCUGCAGAGUUUCAAGUGUUUCUCUACGACUCCUGAAUCUUCAGAUGUUUCCAGCAUUACUGUCAGUUCUCAACUCUCUUUUGAUGAAGUGAGACAAUCUGUUUCUAAACUAAAAGAAAAACUGGAGGAUUUAUGCAAAGAAGAGAUUGAAAAUAUAUCUGACAGAGUAACAAACAUUGAAAUCAUUGCCUCCAAUGAACUUAAGACAAGAGAAAAGUUCCUACAAUAUUCCAGUCUGUUCUCUCUGGAUCCAAACACAGCUAAUAAAACCAUCAGUCUGUCUGAGAACAACAGUGUGGCUACAUACACUAAUACAGUCCAGCAGUAUCCUGAUCAUCCAGACAGGUUUGACUUCUGGCGGCAGGUGUUGUGUAGAGAGAGUGUGUGUGGACGCUGUUACUGGGAGGUUGAGAGGAGUGGUGUGAUGGGUAUAUCAGUGUCAUAUAAGAACAUUAGAAGGAAGGGACGGGGUUUUGAGUGUGUGUUUGGAUAUAAUGAUCAGUCCUGGAGAUUGUACUGCACUGACUCCACAUGCUCAUUCAAACACAAUAGGAAACAGACUAAUCUCCCUGUAGUGUCCAGCUCAUGUAGAAUAGGAGUGUAUGUGGAUCACAGAGCAGGAAUUUUUUCCUUCUACAGCGUCUCUGACACAAUGACCCUCAUCCACAGAGUCCAGACCACAUUCACUCAACCUCUCUAUCUUGGGUUUUGGAUUGAUUACAACUCAACAGUGAAACUCUGUAAUCUAACAAGAUAA